AAAGAGUAGUGUACUAGAGGUCAAGGUUUCAGUGUAGAGGUCAAGGUUUCAGUGAGCAGUUGCUUAGAGCGGUCAGCGUGCUAGAGUUACCUGUACUGACCUAGGCUGGUCACUGGUCUUCCUGACGCCACAAACAUGGUGUGACGCCACUGGCUGACACAACACUCGCAGCCAGACGCAUCAGAACUGUGACGCAUUUAACGUCUGCAAAACGUUUUUUAAAUAAUAUCAAUGCUGUUCUCGUUUGACUUGACAAGUUUAACUCUGAAAAUAUUAAAAUUCGAAAUAGUGACUUCAAAAGCGUUACUCCAAAUUUGUGAUUUCUGAGUUUGACUCCGAAUUGGCGAAUUCUAAACAUUGACUCCAAUUUGGUGAUUUCUGAUCUGUGACUCCAAAAGCCUAACACCAAAACGACAAACACCCUUAUUUGUGACUCAAAAAAAAAAAACCUAACUUCUGAACUGUGACUCCAAAAAACGAGAUUCUCAAAAGUGUUUACAGGAUAAUAAAUUCUAAAGAGACUUCAAAAUCUGGAAAAGUUGUUUCUCCAACGUGUGCUCAAAAGACAUUAAAAAUCCACUCUUGACUGAGCUUUGAUAAUCCUACACCGGAGAGACCCACUCCAAAAAACGGGACGCAACGACUAGUUUCUAUGUCAUACGGGAAUCACGUGUACCGACACACAAGGCGGCACCCGGCGGCAGGGACGGGCGAUGCGCUAGGGGUGGCAGGUCCCCAGGGUUGAAGAUGCUCCAUGGUGCACAUGUCGAAUGCUCCUUGAUUCGCUCCGUGCGUGCUUUGUCAUGUCACGCGUUGACCAGCUGAGGGCGAGCAAGAGACAGGGCAAGCUGCACACAGCCUAUGUUCCUCAGGGCGGCACCGUCACAAAGGUGAAAACGGUUCCUGGCCACUUCCGGUUGGCUCUGAUGAUCCUGCUUGUGUUUGUCACGGACCAGGUCUGCUGCACGGCGAUGGUGGAGGAACACGAGACGUCGGUGACGUUCCGCACGAAGAUCUGUCAGAAGCUCUCCCCGACGGAGCUCAAGAAACGCCUCGGCCCGGCGUUUGACGACAAAAUGAUGGCCGACAUGCCCCCGGGCGCCGAGGCGGGACCCGACCCGGGUAACCUUGACCCGGGUCGUAUGGGUUUCCUCGGCGACGACCCCAGCGUCGUGAAGCCUUUUAUGGGCAGCGAGAAUGACUGGGUUGAGGAAGACGGAAGCGAGCCGGGGACGGAGUUUCAGAAAAGAACGGAAGUGUACAGAGACGUUGAGGUGGUGGAGAAGACAAACGAUCCGGACGCCGGAAGGUCCUGGCUCCCGCGGAAAGUUCUCAACAGAGGAGCCAGCGAGGACGCGAAACGGGAAAAUGCGAACCACAGGUCGCCGUCGAACAACAAGAGGAGGGUGGAUAUCUCUAAAUCUUACUCGUUCAUGAGGCGGAGACGGUCUCUGGAAGAGGCGGCGCCUCCUCCUCGCGGGAAAAAUUCCGAUAGGGACAGCGACACCCCGGAAGACGUGCAUUCCGAGGAAGAUUACGAGGACGAAGCCGGCGAGGGGAAGGAUAAAAAAUCAAAUGACAAUUUCCUGGCUCUGAAGAUAGCCACGACGGAUAAAAAUAAAUCCAUGCGGAAAAAUCUGAAAAAAAAAUUCCGACAGAAAACGAAAAAUAUGAGCAAGCCGCCUCCGUGGGAGUGUAAGAUGGAGAGAUCGGCGCGGUUGUUGGGGUACGGGUUUUUCCCGCGGGUGAUUUGGGAGGGGAGGUGCUUAACGGACAAGUGCUUCUACAGGCUGUACAGCUGCCAGCCGGUCAAGUACGUGGUCAAGCUGUUGUCCCGGGACCCCGCCACCUGCAACCCCCUCCCCAGCUUAACCAACGCCACCGUCUUCGAGGAGAAGUGGGACCUGCAGGACUAUCACGUGAUUGUGGGCUGCAACUGUGUCAGUCUGGCGGCCAAUGCCAACACGAGCUCCAGAAAACACAAGUCUCGAACCCGGAGCUAAACCUCGGGAAAGUCCACUUUUUAAAAAAAUAAGGUGGAUAGCUUGAACAUUGCGUGUUAACAUUUGAUCCAGAAGACGACACAAACAUGCUAACACCCCCCUCCGUGAGUGAAUAGACUCACCCGACGGAUGUUGGCCAUUUUUAUUUAAAAUCCUUGACUUCAUUAACUUUGUGACAUCACUGAAAAAAACAAAACAACAACCGAAAACUCACAUCUUGAUCGCUGUUUUCAUUUUGUUUUCUUCAAAUGUUUUUUAAAGAUCAAAUUUUAGGAGCGGAUUCUGCGGUUUAAAGGUGCUUUUGUGUUCGUGUGUCGUCUGUUCGAUGUGCCCGUAUCUGUUGCUGAGGAUCGUUCAGAAUUCCAGAAUGCUGAAGUCUAACUAUUCAGGUUUGGUUUUUAAAAAAAAACUGAAAUUAUUUUCAACUUGCUGGAAAUCUCUUGUAGACGGGCACUGUGCGAUAGGUCAAGGUGGGCCUGAAAAAGGUCAAGGAUGGCAUGCUGAAGGUUAAGGCUGGCCAUUAAUAUUCACAGAUGGCUAAAAAAAAACGCCAGUGAAUUAAACUGCUUAACCAAUGAAAAGUCAGGGAAGGCCAAUGAUAUUCUCUGCGGGCCAAAGAAAAGUAACCACGGCUGGCUGAACAUUAGAACAGUGCAGGCCAAGGCCGAUUGACAAUAGGACAGUGAAGGUCAAGGUCGAUGAACACUAGGAAAGUGAAGGCCAAGGCCGAUCAACAAUAGGACCGUGUAGGCCAAGGCGAACCAAGGGUCAGCGGUUAAAACUGGUCCCACAAGCUUCUCAAUAGACGGUACAGUGAAAGCUGUUUUAUCCACAAGGAUUAUCUUUCUGUUACAUCCACAAAUAUCUCCUCGAGUAAUUUCAUCCGCAUUUGUUCGAACCUCGAGACUCGGACAGAUCAACACAUUCUGUCAUGCCCGUAGCUGUAUCAUCGUUCGAACCUCGAGACUCAGAGAUCAUCAUCGUACUUGUAUCAUCGUUCCAACCUCGAGACUCGAACAGAUCAUCAUCUUCUGUCAUUCCCGUAGCUGUAUCAUUGUUCGAACCUCGAGACUCAGAGAUCUUCAUCGUAGCUGUUUCAUUGUUCGAACCUCGAGACUCGAACAGAUCAUCAUCUCCUGUCAUUCCCGUAGCUGUUUCAUCGUUCGAACCUCGAGACUCGAACAGAUCAUCAUCUUCUGUCAUUCCCGUAGCUCUAUCAUUCCUCUCUGUCUCUAUCAUUCCCUCCUCCUCCAACAUAAAAACAAAGACAUUUUGUAGAGCCAGUUACCUUGUACAUAGACCACUCUAAUUAUAGUUUAACAAAUCCACCACGGUGGUGCUGCUCUAGCACCACCACACAACCACACCGACCACAUGUACGGUGGUGCGGCGUGACUGGGGCCAAACCCCCACGAUAUGACGUGUGUUUCAUUAGAAACUAAUUAAAUAAAACAAAAACAAAAAAAUGGCAAAUUGUUCGUUUUCGUAUUUACGUAUAUUGUUUUUUUUAAAAAAAAUGUCUAUCAGAUCUGUAUUCAAUACGCGAAGAAGCCCCAUAUGUGAAAUGUGAAACCUGUAGGGCUUUAUGUUGAUCUGUGAUUUUUCUU